AUGUUGGAGUAUGAAAAAGGUGGAGAAAUGAAGACCAAAUCCAUAGACUUGCUUGAUCUCAAUCCUAGUACUAACAUCAAGGCCUUGGUAGAUGAGAUCCAGAAAGCUGAGCCUCUGAUCACAGCUUCCCGGACAGACCAAGUGAGAGUCUUAGUACAGAAACUGCAGGAUAAACUCGGGCAGUUCAAGGACCACCAGUUCUACUUGUUUAAGGUUCUCAGAGCGCAUAUCCUGCCACUGACUAAUGUUGCCCUUAACAAGUCGGGCUCCUGCUUCAUCACGGGGAGCUACGACCGGACGUGCAAGCUCUGGGAGACCGCGUCCGGAGAGGAGCUGCACACACUGGAGGGCCACCGGAACGUGGUCUACGCCAUCGCCUUCAACAACCCCUAUGGUGACAAAAUUGCCACUGGUUCCUUUGAUAAGACAUGUAAACUCUGGAGUGUAGAGACAGGGAAGUGUUAUUAUACCUUCCGGGGCCACACAGCAGAAAUAGUGUGUUUAUCCUUUAACCCCCAAAGCACGCUGGUGGCCACGGGGAGCAUGGACACAACCGCUAAACUGUGGGACAUUCAGAGUGGAGAGGAGGUGUGCACCCUGUCGGGACAUGCAGCAGAAAUCAUCUCCUUGUCCUUCAACACAGCCGGAGACAGAAUCAUAACAGGCUCCUUUGAUCAUACAGUUGCCGUGUGGGACUCUGAGACUGGGAGGAAACUGCACACCUUAAUUGGCCAUUGUGGUGAGAUUAGUAGUGCGCUGUUCAACUGGGAUUGCUCCCUGAUCCUGACGGGCUCAAUGGACAGGACCUGCAUGCUGUGGGAUGCGACAAAUGGGAAACGUUUGGCCACCCUGACCGGCCAUGAGGAUGAAAUUCUCGAUAGCUGUUUUGAUUUCACUGGGAAGUUUAUUGCAACUGCUUCGGCUGACGGAACAGCAAGAGUUUUCUGUGCAGCCACGAGAAAAUGCAUUACCAAACUGGAAGGCCAUGAGGGGGAAAUUUCAAAGGUGUCUUUCAGCCCCCAGGGAAACCGCCUUCUAACUGGCAGUGCCGACAAAACAGCCCGGAUCUGGGACACGUUCACCGGCCAGUGCCUCCAGGUUCUCGAGGGCCACACGGAUGAGAUCUUCUCAUGCGCCUUCAACUACCAAGGCGACAUCGUCAUCACAGGCAGUAAGGAUAACACCUGCAGGAUAUGGCGUUGA